CUAUUGACACCAGUGGGUAGUGAUUAGAUGCCACAUUUUAUCGCAAAAAUGAUGAGCACCGGCCCCAACGUUGUCUACGAAUGGCUGAAAACCCUGCAACUAUGCCAGUACUUGGAAGCCUUCAUGGAUAAUGGUUAUGAUGACCUGGAAGUUUGUAAGCAGAUCGGCGACCCGGACCUGGAUGCCAUCGGAGUCUUCGUACCACACCACCGACAACGCAUCCACGAGGCUGUCAGGCGGCUCAAAGACGACGACAAGCAAGGCUCCUCGGCUCUUUAUUUCACCCUAGAGCCGUUCAUCCCGAACUUGAACACUAAUGAGUCUAGACUGAGAGGAUCCAGGUCCUGGACAGAGCAGAUCAGCAUGACGUACACUGGGCCACACAGAAAUCUGAGUCUUGGGAAUCACAGGAGUCUUGUGGCGUAUCCGAAACUGAAACUGAAGAUCAUGAUCAGGGAUAAACUCAUUAGGGAUGGGAUUAACCUGGCCCGGCCACCAUAUUCUAACAAGGAUGGAUCUUUGGGUAACAUUGAUGACCUAGCGCAGGAGUACUCAGAAUACUACAACGCGUGUUUCAGUGACGUCAGCGAGCGUAUGGAGGAGCUGCGCCGGCGUCGUGUCUCCCAGGAAAUAGAGAUGGAGAACACAGACUUCAGUUCCCUCCAUGUAUGCUCUGAAAACCAGGAGUCACUGGGCUUUGACAGUGUGGUGUCCACGCCAGAAACAGAGAGAAAGAUCCCUCUACACAAAUCCAACUCUGAGGACGGCUCAGGUAAAUGGGACAACAAAAAGAAGAACAAACCAUUCUGGCAGAACUUCAAAAAGUCACAGAAAGGUCUCACGCGGCAGAGCUCUAAAGGAGAGGACAUCGGCUACGUGGCCAGUGAAAUCACUAUGAGCGAUGAAGAGCGCAUCCAGCUGAUGAUGAUGGUGAAAGAAAAAAUGAUCACCGUAGAGGAGGCGCUGGCUCGGCUUAAGGAGUAUGAGAGAAGCAGGCAGUUGAGCACCAGUUCAGACACUGCAGAGUGUACUGAUGGAUCCAGUCCUACUGUUAACCUGUCUUCUACCUGCAACUCUCGUGAACAGUCUGAUGACGAGCAGGAGGACUCUGUGAAAUUUAAGAGGCUUCACAAACUGGUCAACUCUACCCGGCGUGUCCGUAAGAAGCUUAUUAAAGUAGACGAUGCCAAAAGGCACGGCUCAGAAGACUCUCUAAGUCUGGAUGUGUCCCCUUCAUGUGAGGACACCAGCGCCCUAUACGCAGACGUCCAUAAGAAGGCAGCUCGCUGCACAGUAGACUCGUCCCUGUCCUCUCUGACCCAGGAUCAGCUCUCUCUGGAUGGAGACAGAGACAGUCUAAGUACGUCUCCAUCCUCCAGCAGCCUGGAGGCCUGGAACUCUGCACACAGGCUUGUGAAGCCCUCAGUGCACCCACACGGCCUGAUCAAGCCUUUGGCCAGUACUGGCACUGAGGAUGAAGCCGAGACCAGGAAAACAUCUCUCUCGCACGGGGUAAGUUUAAACACUGUGUACACACACUACAGCCUUAUGAGGCCCUGUCCUCAACCUCAUCGAAUACUGGUGCCAAUGGAUUGUGCCAAGCGCCCUCCAGUAUCCACCUGGCAGCGAAACAAGCCCGAUCCCAACUACGCCUACUCCACCAAGCACUUGGUGUACCAACGCAACUUUCAGAAACCCAAAUCUCCUCCGGUGACGUUGCCUACCUCACCCAGAGUGCGUGAGCUGGGCAGGGAGAAAGGGAAGGCUAGUGUUGGCACAGUAGGCACGUGGCUCUGCCCUCCAAGGCGGUUGCGGGGCAGGACAGCCGUCAGCGAGCUGAACAUAACCUACGUGGUGGAGCGCGGCCUCUACAACCACUUAGGCCGCAAAGCAGAAAGACUUCGCCUUUUAGAAGAUGACAGGGACUCCGAUAGGAAGUGGUCGUCCAGCGUGGAUCGAUGCACCAGGCGUGUCCUUCUGCGCAUUCAACAGAAGUCUAGGACGUGUAGCUUUGGGGGUUUUGACCUGUCUAACAGAUCCCUUCAUGUGGUCAGUACAGCCUCUGAUCCUAAUAACAAGGAGCAGGAGGCUCUGUACAGGGACGUAAUAAAAUCACCCAGCACCUCUCGCAUCUCUCUGGGAAGAAAAGUGAAAUCUGUAAAAGAGACGAUGAGGAAACGCAUAUCCAAGAAAUACAGUGGGUCGUUCUCUGAACAGUCGAGUGUAGACGGAAUUCCCAGCUCUCCUCAGUCUCCACAGCCUGACACGAAUUCUCUGGAAAAACCAAAACUGAAGGCGGGAGGGUCUGUCGAGAGUCUACGUAGCUCCCUCAGCGGACAGAGCUCCAUGAGUGGCCAGACAGUAAGCACUACAGACUCGUCGGCCAGUAACCGCGAGAGCGUGAAGUCCGAGGAUGGAGAUGAUGAAGAGCCUCCGUACAGAGGACCUUUCUGUGGCAGAGCCCGGGUGCACACAGACUUCACUCCCAGCCCGUAUGAUACAGACUCCCUCAAACUCAAGAGAGGGGAUGUGAUAGACAUCAUCAGUAAGCCACCCAUGGGCACGUGGAUGGGGCUGCUCAACAACAAAGUGGGAACUUUUAAGUUCAUCUAUGUGGACGUUCUGGCUGAGGAGGAGGAGAAACCCAAACGCACCAUCAGGAGAAGGAAGAAGGGUCGGACACCCAAGCCCAGCUCUGUUGAAGAGCUGCUGGAGAGGAUUAACCUGAAGGAGCACAUGCCUACGUUCUUAUUUAACGGCUAUGAGGAUCUGGACACCUUUAAGCUGCUUGAGGAGGAGGAUCUGGAUGAGCUAAACAUUCGAGACCCUCAACACAGGGCUGUGCUGCUCACCGCUGUAGAACUGCUGCAGGAAUAUGACAGUAGCAGUGACCCCGAGCGCAGCGCCCUCUCCGGCUCUCAGGAGAAGCUUCUCUGCGACGGCCGAGGCGAAGCGGCUAACUCCCCACGGGACUCUGGUUGUUACGAAGGCAACGAAAAUCUGGAGAACGGUAAGCCUCGUAAAUCAUCUCGCUCCAGUCGACGCUCCUCUGAGUUUGAAUCGGCCAAGAUCCAGUCUCUGGAUUUCCAUGCGCUUCCGGUGAGCCACUCCACGGACGAGCUGCAGGCCAAGAAAGAACACAAAUUCCCCAAGCACGUUAUCUCACGGCCACUCAAGGGUUUAAGCCUGCGCUCCUUGGGCUUGAGGAAGAACCUUCGAUCAGGUCCAAAGUGCAGAAUGCCAGCCAGUCGUAGCUGCGAGGAGCUUGAUGGACCUCAAGAGGCUCUUGGGUGCUACAAACGUUCCCAUUCUUUAGGGGAUCUGCAGUGGCAACAGUCCAUCGACCACAAGAAGGAAAAGGACAGUCAAUCUGCCUGUGAGAGGAAGAAGGAAGCGAAGAAAGCAAAGUCUCUGGUUAUCCCUCAGGGUGUUAUGGUGGAUAGAUUAGAAUCAAAGUCAGAGCAAAUCCAAGCUAAAUGUAAAACAGAUCAAGUGGAUAAGCCUUUGGUUCCCACCCUGCUACCACUUAAACCUUUCUGCUAUGCUUCAGAUGCACAGCCUGUUUCUGGCCCUACUAGCCCAGCUCCUCUGACCCACCACAAAAAGCCUCCCGUUCCUCCUCCUGUUCCAGCUAAAAAGUCCAAAGACCGCCUGAUAAACGGCCUACGUCAUCCAACUUUAGUCUCAGGUUCUAGUCCAGGGACUCCCAAUCUUUCCCCUAAACCCAUAAGCCGCCAGACAAGCCCAUCUGAAGGAACUCCAUCUACUCUAGCGUCUCCGGAUGAUUCAGACCAAUCCCCAAGCACAGCACCGGCCUGGCUGUCUGAUCUACCAGAGUCUGCCUGUCAACAGAUUCAAGGAGUCCGGGUUGCCCUGGGUAGAAAGAUCUCCCAUGCCAAAGUGAUUGAUUUGGAGAUACUACUGGAAGAGAAACUUGGUUCAGAGGGCAUCGACCUUACGGCAGAACCUUACUCUGAUAAGCAUGGCCGCUGUGGUAUUCCUCAGCUCUUGGUGCAGAGAUACUCAGAGGACUUCCAGCAGCCAGUAAAGGACGUGGCGUCCACGCUGGACCAGAUCAGAGUUAAACAGCUGCGCAAGGAGCAUCGCAUGGCUAUACCUGCAGGCGGAUUGACAGAAAUGUGUCGGAAGCCGAUGUCCCCGGUGCACUUGAGCUCAGUUACAGAUUGGCUGGUGUCCAUCGGGAUGCCCAUGUAUUCCGACCUCCUAUCCGCUGCGGGUUAUGACUCACUGGGCCACAUAUCAGGCCUCACAGAGGACGGAGUUCGCAAGGCAGGGUUACGGGAAGACCGGCACAUACGUCGCCUGCUGAGCGAAGCCCGGCUCAUCGCGGCCCACGGUGCAUCCCAGUCUUAACGGGAAUCGGAGCCGGUAAAACGUACACGUGAACACUUUAUGAGCAGCCGCAGCUGCUGAGCAUAUUUACCACGGGCUAGAUCUGAUCUGACUUUGAGAACGAUCAGGUCAGGGCAAGUCUGAGUGGCAAGCUAAGUGCUGGAGGAC